AUGAACAGCUACCCUCAACCACGCCAUCUCGACGACUUCCAUAUCGCUGUAAUAUGCGCACUGCCCCGCGAAUACGAUGCCGUCAUCCUGGCUUUCGACGAGAUAUGGGACGAUGAUAGAGAUGGGCGCGGGCCCGCGCCCAGGCAACACAACAAUCACACGCUGGGGCGGAUUGGAGUUCAUAAUGUUGUUUUGGUUCUUCUCCCCAGCAUGGGAAAGGUCAGCGCAGCCAACGAGGUAGUCCGGCUCCGGUCUAUCUAUGUUGGGCUGGAGAUAGCAUUCUUGACUGGGAUCUGUGGGGGAGUGCCUAGCCCGGGGAUCGAUCAUGAGGUGCUGCUUGGGGAUGUGGUGAUCGGCAAAAGCAUCGUGCAGUAUGACCUAGGCCGACAGUACCCUGGCAAGUUUCGCAGGAAAGACGGUGUUGAAGACAACCUGAGC